UAUCAACAAUCAGUCUUAUCACAGCCUUCAACUAACGGUUUUUCCAAGAGAUCCGUGUCAAAUAAUGAUCUCGCUAGGGGGCUUGCCAUGAGCAGAUGACCACGAGUCCACCAGUAGCAUGUCUCCAAAGAGAAAGUUGCCUCCGUGAUGGCCAACUUGAUCUCCACCUCCCCCUUAUCUCCACUCUUCUGCCCCAAGGAGACCCAGAGAUUCGCGAGAUUCUCCAAUCUCCAAAGCUUUGUCCAUGGAUCUAGGCGUCCCCACCGCCCAUGACAUGAUGUAAUGCUGUUCCCGGCACAUUUUUCGGCGAUCCGUCAAAACCGGCGGUGUCCCAGAUUCAGAGCUGAGCUUGCCUCUUGAUUUCUCUUAUUCUUCUAUUCACUUACUCUCUCUCACUCUCACUCUUGCUCUUCCUCUUCCUCUUCCCUCCCUCUGCAUUUUUCCCUUCUCCCGUUGUCAUUGUCCUCUACCUUCAUCUCCCGCUUUCACAAUGGCACCUCUUAAGCUCAACAACCAGAACUUGGCGCAGAUCGCGACCGCGGGUGAGAGCCAAGUCAAGAUCCCAACCUACCAGCGCGGUUGCGCCGUCAAGGAAGGAAUCGUCCAUGUCGGUGUGGGUGGCUUCCACAGAGCUCACUUGGCUGUCUACGUCGAUCAAUUGAUGCAGAAGCAUGGUGUGACCGACUACGCCAUCUGCGGUGUCGGCCUGCAGCCCUUCGACGCCGGCAUGCGGGAUGCCCUCGGUUCUCAGGACCACCUCUACACCGUCAUUGAACGGUCGGCCAAGGGCAGCUUCGCCAACAUCGUUGGCAGCAUCAACUCCUACCUCUUUGCUCCCGAUAACCGCGAGGCCGUCAUUGCCAAGAUGGCUCACCCUGAUACCCACAUCGUCUCGCUCACCAUCACCGAAAGCGGCUACUACUACAACGAGAAUACCCACGAGCUUCAGACCGAGAACGCAGAUAUUCAGCACGAUCUCGACCCGGCCAACGAGAAAGCUCCUCGCACUACCUUCGGUUUCCUCUACGCUGCUCUCGUCCGUCGCCGCCAGCAAGGCCUCAAGCCCUUCACCGUCAUGUCCUGCGAUAACAUGCUGAAGAACGGCUCCAUCACACGUCACAUGCUCGAGUCAUUCGCACAACUCCGCGACCCGGAGAUGGCUAAGUGGAUCUCUGAGGAGGGCGGUUUCCCCAACGCCAUGGUAGACCGCAUCACCCCCCAGACCGCCCCCUCCGACAAGGUCGCCCUCGCAGAGAACUUUGGUAUCGAGGAUUCAUGGCCCGUCGUCACGGAGCCCUUCAUGCAAUGGGUCAUUGAAGACAAGUUCUCCGACGGUCGCCCUCCCUUCGAAAAGGCCGGAGCCCAGGUUGUCAAGGACGUGCAUGAUGUCGAACAAUUCGAGAAGCACAAGCUGCGCCUGCUCAACGGCAGCCACUCCGCCAUCGGCUACCCCGGCCAACUGGCAGGCUUCAAGUACGUGCACGAGGUGAUGGAGAACCCCCUCUUCCGCAAAUUCAUUUGGCAAUACAUGCAAGAAGAAGUCAAGCCUCUCCUCCCUGAAAUACCGGGCGUCGACAUUGACGAAUACUGCAACACCCUCAUGGAGCGUUUCUCCAACCCCACAAUUAUGGAUCAACUGCCCCGCGUGGCCCUCAACGCCUCCGGCAAAAUCCCCCAAUUCAUCAUGCCCUCCAUCGCCGAACAAAUCUGGGUCACUGGGCCCUUCCGCCGUCUGUGCUUCAUCGCCGCUGCCUGGUUCCACUACAUUAACGGCGUCGACGACAACGGCAACAAGUUCCAAGUCGACGACCCCAUGCGCGAGGUACUCCAGGCCAAGGCUCGUGCCGGCGGUACCAACCCCAGAGAGUUGCUCAGCAUUCAGAACUUGUUCGGUGAUGAUCUGCGUUCCGAUGAGCGCUUCCUGCAGGAGAUGACCACUGCCAUGGAGGACAUCGCCCGCGAUGGUAUCCUGAAGACCAUCCCCAAGUACAUUGAUUAGACUUUUGUGCUCUAUGCCCCCCACGGCCCCGCUGGAUAUUGUGGGUCAUUCAUGAAGAUAGAUAGAUUCGGGUCAGCGAGCGAUUUGUGAUAUUCCUGUGUUUUUUAACUUUCUUUGUCUCAUGAUUUGAGUAAUUCAUGGUGAUGUUUGGACAUAGAGAUAGAUCGAGGAUAGAAAAAAGUCCUUACUACUUAUUCC